AAACCAAUCCUCGACCAAGAAACUCAAAUUCAUUGGCCAUGGAUCUUCUUGGCAGUCUAUUAUCUCUAUGGUUGCCUCUCCUUCUUCUCCUGUGCUUCUCAACUUCCAUUUCAUCAGCUGUAUAUCACCCCCACAAAAUCCCAAGGCUCAGUCCAAUACGGAGAACAAAUCUUCGAGACCCUGACGAUACUCUAACUAAAGCUUCUCGUUCAGAAGAUUUCAAAUCAUACUUUUACGAACAGACACUAGACCACUUCAAUUAUAACCCAAAAAGCUAUACCAAAUUCAACCAAAGUUAUGUGAUCAAUUCAAAAUUCUGGGGUGGUGCCAAGUCGAACUCUCCAAUCUUUGCAUAUCUUGGAGCCGAAGCUCCAUUGGCUGGAGAUAUAGAGACUAUUGGUUUUCUCCCUGAUAAUGCCCCUCGGUUUAAAGCUCUCCUUGUCUACAUAGAGCAUAGGUUUUACGGAAAAUCUGUACCGCAUGGAUCAAUGGAAAAAGCAAUGAAAAAUAAAGCUAUUCGUGGUUAUUUCAACUCGGCUCAAGCUUUAGCUGAUUACGCAGAAGUUUUAAUGCAUGUAAAACAUAAAUUUUCUGCUAAAAAUGCUCCGAUUAUCGUUGUUGGUGGAUCAUAUGGAGGAAUGCUAGCUUCGUGGUUUCGCCUCAAAUAUCCUCAUAUUGCACUUGGUGCUGUAGCAUCAUCAGCUCCCGUUCUUUACUUUGAUGACAUCACUCCACAAAAUGGUUACGAUUCCAUUGUGACCAAGGACUAUAAAGAGGAGAGUGAGCACUGUUACCAAACUAUACGAAAAUCAUGGUCUGAGAUUGACGAAGUUGCUUCUAAACCAAAUGGUCUCUCCAUUCUCAGCAAAAGAUUCAAGACUUGCGCGCCUUUGAGUAGUCCGUCUGAGCUUGCGGAUUACUUGGCUUCCAUGUUCACAAUGGCUGCUCAGUACAACGCACCGCCGAUGUAUCCCGUCGCUGAGUUGUGUAGUGGAAUAGACAAAGCACCCGAAGGAACUGAUAUUCUUGGCCGCAUUUUUGCUGGUGUUGUUUCUUUCAGGAAAGACGAGUCAUGCUAUGAUGUGUUGGAAAAUACCAUACCCAGUGAAACAGAUAUCGGAUGGCAAUGGCAAACUUGUAGCGAGAUGGUGAUGCCCAUGGGGCAUGGCAGCAAUGGUACAAUAUUCCCAUCGUCACCUUUCAACCUACCGGAUUUCAUUAAGGGCUGCAAAAGUUCAUAUGGGGUCUCACCUCGGCCUCAUUGGAUCACAACUUAUUAUGGUGGCCAUGACAUAAAAUUGAUUUUCCAAAGAUUUGGAAGCAAUAUCAUAUUCUCCAAUGGCUUGAAGGAUCCUUAUAGUAGUGCCGGGGUGCGAGAGAACUUAUCCGACAGCCUUCUUGCUGUUUACACAGCUAAAGGAUCUCAUUGCUUGGACAUACUGGCAGCACAAAAAAGUGAUCCGUCCUGGUUGGUUGCUCAGAGGAAAUUGGAGGUUGAGAUCAUUGACGGAUGGAUCAAACAGUAUUACGCUGAUCUUGAAAUUUUCUUUUUUAAGAAUAAAAACUAGAGGUGACAAUAUGUUCCAAAUCACAAUGGGCUAUCAUGCCUAAAGGGACUUUGAACUGGAUGGAUAUUUUUAUCUUCAUGUCUGGGUUUGAAAUGGGACUAACCCCAUUUAUACCCAUUAAUUGAUGGAAAUUUUUGGGUACCCAUUGGGGCUCGAGAGUCUCACCAAAAAUUUACUCCAUCAAUUGUUGUAUAUCUUUUAAUGAUCCAAGUGAGGUCCUUCAGUUUUUUCCUUGUAAUUAUGCUUAAACCCCCAUCUAGUUUCCUGAA